CGAAGUGGUCGCGGACGGAGUGACGGGACCACCGGCUGUCUUGGGCAUAGAAGACACACAAGAAGCCCGGGAAGGUUGUUUUUGUUCUUUGAGUUAGCGCGCGACGCCGGUGAUCGGCGGCGCCAUGUUGGCCGGGAGCUGGAACGGAUCGAUGCCCGGAGACCGGCAGUCGACGGCGCAGCAGCCCGGAUCGCUUCGGAGCGCGCGCCGACGCCGGGCGUGGUUUAACGUUGACGUCGGAGACGUCGAACGCCGCUGACCGAUAAAAAAAAGUCUCCUCCGCGGCUCUCUGCUCUUUUUCUCUCGGCCUGUUGUGCAAACGGGAUUAAAAGGAAGAAACCAAGAGAUAGAAUGAAUGAAACACUACUGUGCCGCGCAGCCGCCAACGGCUCGGCAAGUCCGCGGGCCCUGGCGGCCCUGGUACCGCCAAACUGCAGCGCCCCGGCCACGGCGGCCGAAGAACCGUUCUUCACCAGCCACCCCGAGUUCGUUGUCGAGUUCUCCAAACUCCUCUACGGUCUGGUCUGCCUCGUCGGCCUGUGCGGCAACUCGCUGGUGAUCUAUGUGGUGCUACGCUUCUCCAAGAUGCAGACGGUCACCAACAUGUACAUCUUCAACCUGGCCCUGGCCGACGAGAUGUUCCUGGUGGGCCUGCCCUUCUUCAUAGCCACCAUGGUGUUCAAGUACUGGCCGUUCGGCGCUGCCAUGUGCAAGGUGUACAUGACGACCACGUCCAUAAACCAGUUCACCUCGAGUCUACUGCUCACCGUGAUGUCGGCCGACCGGUACGUCGCGGUGUGCCACCCCAUAUCCUCGCCCCGGUAUCGGACUCCCUUCAUCGCCAAGUUCGUCUGCCUCACGGCGUGGACGGUGUCCGCUCUCCUGAUGGUGCCGGUGUACAUGUACGCCAGCGUGGUGGACGCCGGUCCCGUCAAGUCCUGCACCAUCGUGUGGCCCGAGUCGGUCGUCAUGAACGGCCAGGCGGCGUUCACCCUCUACUCCUUCACCCUGGGCUUCGCCAUACCGCUACUCCUGAUCCUCCUGUUCUACGUGCUCGUCAUACUGAGGCUGAGCCGCGUCGGGCCCCGCUCGCGGCACCGCGCCAAGCACCGCCGGGUCACCUACCUCGUGCUCACCGUCAUCACCGUCUACGUCAUCUGCUGGCUGCCCUACUGGGCGGGACAGCUGUACAUCAGCUGCCUGGGCGCGGCGCAGGCGACCGCGUUCACGGUGACCAUAUUCCUGCUCAGCCAGUUGCUGUCGUACGCCAAUUCGGCCGUCAAUCCCAUACUGUACGCCUUCCUCAGCGACAACUUCAAGAAGUCCUUCGCCAAGGCGUUCACCUGCGCCGCGGUCGCGGGCGCCCGCGGUUCCGGACGCGGCAGGGAGCAGCCGCAAGAGGACAGCCUCUUUCCGCGGUCCUCGGCGGCCCCUGGUGGCGGCGGCGGAAACACUCAGGCCACGGUCAGCAAGGUGUCCCCUCCAACACCCACUCUGAAAGACAUUCCUGGCUACGGCCCUGGUAGAGACAACUGUGACGAGGCAGCCGGGUUUGGAUCCCACGACUCCGGGGUCACCAGACGAGCCCCAUCACCUGUUGAGCAACGGUUCUCAAAUGGGAUGCGCGAAGCCAUUUUCAGGAGCCCGUGA